AUGGUCUCAAAAGUGUGCCAUGUUGAGCCGCGCGGUGGCUUCACCGGAAGAUCUCGAUUUAACGCCGAAGUCGUCAGCUUAACUCCGAACCUUGGACAGCCUCGAGCCGAAGAGCCGCCGGAGUCGGCCCAGCAUUCCUUCAACCUGCGCACGGGACUCGAGCCCAGCCCCGAUUUUCCCUCUUCUUUAUCCAAACAAGCCACAAGUUUCCUCUACUCCCCCGGGCUUGUUGUCACAGUUACGUCCGCCGCAAUUUCUGCCCGGCCAUCAGGUCUUUGCAAGGCCUCGGCUCUAGACCACACAGCUUUCGGCAUGACCGAUUUAUUCAUAUUUCUCUCUUCCCUAUUCACAUAUCCAAAUGACUUCCAUACAAAUCCGCUUUCUGUAGAUCUCACGGCUCCAGAUAAGAUGCUGGAGAUGCUGUUCGAGUACGCCGUCGAUUACAAAUACAACGACCUUUUGGGCGGAUCCACUUUCAACCAAGAAUGGCUGUCCGAGUCCUCGAGACGUCUGCGAAUACGAAUAUGGGACAAGAAAUCUCAGACCAAUUUCUAUCAUGAUAUCCACUCUCAAGAUACCUACAUGGUGUCCGGUAAGUCAAAAGAGCUCAUGAUUCUCGGCACUAUAAGUUUUAUUUUUCCACCAACUCUCUCUUACCCAUCUGCGCUCCAUCUCAUUCAUCUUCAUUUAACCUGA